AUGGUCGCCGAAAGUUCACUGUCUACGUCGACUGUCAUAUCUUCAUUAAUUGCGAAUCUUGUGUUAUUUGGUAUAUUUGUUACUUGCUUCAUCUUAUUACGAUUAAAGUUCAAGCGUAUCUACAGUCCUAAAUCAGCUUUUGAUUUAGUUCCCGAGGAAAAGAAGCCAGAACCACUACCCAAGGAUCCAAUCAGAUGGAUUUUCAUUCUAUUGACUAAACCAGAGUCAUUUAUCCUACAACAAGCUGGUUUAGAUGGAUACUUCUUCUUGAGAUAUAUGAAGAUAUUUGGAUACUUGUUUGGAUUUGGAUUACUCACUUGGAUCAUUUUGUUACCAAUCAACGCAUCAAAUGGAAACCAUAAUAAGGGGUUUGACCAAUUGUCAAUUGCCAAUGUAAAGCAUGAAGAGAGAUAUUAUGCUCAUGUUUUCAUUGGCUGGAUAUGGUAUGGAGCUGUUGUAUAUACUAUUUAUCGUGAAUUGUUUUUCUACAACUCAUUGAAAAAUGCUGUGUUAUCAACCCCAAAGUAUGCCAUGAGCUUGCCAGGAAGAACAGUGUUGUUUCAAUGUGUUCCUGACUCAAUGUUGGAUGGGAAGCAAGUUUUCAAGAUCUUCAAUGGAGUCAAGCGUAUUUACGUUUCCAGAACAUCAAAACAAUUGGAAGAUGCAGUAAACGCAAGAGCAGCAAUGGUUAAUCGUUUGGAAUUAGCUGAAAACAAAUUGUUGAAGAUGGCUGUGAAGAACAAAUUGAAGGCCGAUAAAAAGGGCAUAGCUUUAGAACCUGCCGACGAAAUUAGUGCUUAUGUACCGGAAAAGAAACGCCCUAGAACUAGAACUGGUGGGUUGUUUUCACCAAAAACUGAUACUAUCAGAUAUUGUCAAGAGCAAAUCCCCAUCUUGAACAAACGCGUCAAGGAAUUACAAAAGAAGUUUAGACACACACAACCAAAUAACUCUCUUUUUGUUGAAUUUAAGGACCAAUACCAUGCACAAUUAGCUUACCAAUCAGUCGUCCAUCAUAACCCACUUAGGAUGGCACCUGCCUAUAUUGGUGUAGCCCCAGCUGAUGUUCAAUGGAGAAACAUGCGUAUUUUCUGGUGGGAAAGACUCACUAGAAGAGCUUUGUCUUUUGCUGCAAUUUGUGCCGUUAUCGUCUUUUGGGCCAUCCCAGUGGCAUUUGUUGGUGUUAUUUCCAAUUUCAACUAUUUGACAGAUAAAUUGCACUGGUUAAGGUGGAUUGAAAAUUUGCCAAGCCAAUUGUUGGGUAUUGUUACCGGUAUCUUACCUACCGCUUUGCUUUCCAUUUUGAAUAUGCUUUUGCCAAUGUAUAUUCGUGCAAUGGCCAAAAUUGCCGGAGCUGUAUCCUAUCAAAGUAUCGAAUUGUAUACCCAGCAGGCCUACUUUUGGUUUUUGAUUGUCAAUGGUUUCUUAAUUACUGCAUUGGCGUCAUCGGCAACGGCAACUGUUACUAAAAUUAUUAAAGACCCCACUUCUGCUUUGAAUAUUUUGGCAUCUAAAUUGCCAUUAUCGUCCAACUUUUACAUUUCAUACUUGACCUUGCAAGGUAUGGGUAUUGCCGGUGCUUCUUUGUUUCAAGUUGUUGGAUUAUUUUUGUACUACAUUUUGGGAUAUUUUUUGGAUAACACCGUGAGAAAGAAGUGGAAUAGAUUUAGUGGGUUGGGAACAGUGGCAUGGGGAACGGUUUUCCCAUUAUUUACGCAAUUGGCGACAAUAGCCUUGGCCUACUCCAUAAUUUCACCAUUGAUUAUUGCUUUUGCAUUAAUCGGGUUUGCGUUGAUUUAUGUAGCAUAUUGCCACAAUAUCACCUAUUGUUUUGUUGAAGGACCCGAUACUCGAGGUCAACAUUAUCCUCGUGCAUUGUUUCAAACAUUUACUGGAAUAUACCUUGGACAAUUGUGUUUGCUUGCCAUAUUUAUUGUUGGUAAAGGAUGGGGACCCAUUGUGUUGCAAGCUAUUGGGGUUUUGGCGACAAUUUUUGUCCAUGCCAAUCUUCAUCAAUCGUUUAGUCACUUGUUGGAAGUGGUUCCCAUGGAUUGUAUGCGAGCAUUGGAUGGAGUUUCACAAACGUGUUCAUUCAAAGGUGAAUCCGAAUUUAAGCAACGUAUUAUUGACAAUAAGAGACAUUUCAAUGAUCCCAAAUUUGAACAGAAGUAUGCUGCUGAGAAGCAAGAAGAGGAGCAAACCAAGCAACGAGUACUUGACAAAGUUAAACAGUAUGACCCGGAGGCCGAAAUCGAUACAUCAAACAUAUCGGUGGUUCCAUUGUUGGCUGAUCGUGACAUGAAGUCAACAAAAUCAAACAAUUUUCUCGUCCAAUUCAUCAGACCCGAUGUGUUUUUAAAUUUCCGUCAUGUUAAAAAGUUGGUUCCAGCUACUUACAAUGUUGAACCCGAGCUUAGUGAUGACAAACAUGCCUAUGAUGCCCCGGCAAUUUCUGCUCAGUGUCCUGGUGUGUGGAUACCUAGAGAUCCAAUGGGAUUAGCUGAUAUUGAGGUGAAGAAUUUGUCGAGUGUAGUCGAUAUCAGUGCUGACAAUUCCGGGUUUAAUGAAAAGGGAAAGAUUGUGUAUUUGGGUGAACCACCAAAUUAG